AUGGAUCCCAACAUGAUGGCAUCGCAGGUCAUGAUACCAGCACCUUUCUACUACUACAACCCAGACCCCAACGUAGAGGCUCGCCAACACGGCCACUUCAGCCAACAACCCAGCCUUCAGCAGAUGCCAAUGUACCCGGUGGUACCUACAUUGCCUUCUACUCCCAUCUACUCCAGACCCAGCUCAUCAUGCUCGCAACCCGCCAUGCAACAACAACCAAAGAUGCUCAGCGCCAUUCCCGCCAACCUGACACCAAUGGCCUCGCCUCAGAUGGGCCACCAGAGACCGACAAUUAUGCUGCAGAACUGUGCGGCCAAGCUGAUGUUGGAGACGGACAUGUACGACAGCGACUUCUACCCAGCAACUCCGGCCCUAUCGACAACUGGUAGCAACAUUGGUAGCCCUGGCAGCAGCAAUGACAUGCUUGCUACUCCCCUCAACCCCAUGUUCUCUGGUCUGGACGGUUACGAGAACGUCAAGCCCGAUGUGGAGUCUCUGCCAGAAAGCCUCGAUGUUUUGGACUGGUCGAGCUGCACAUCGCCACCCAUGACACCUGUCUACCUCUCUCAGUCUCAGGCCGGACCCAGCUCAGUCACUUCCGAGUGCAUCAACCCUCGCGAUAUCCUUAGCGUCAGCAGUGCAUCGACUACCGAGUUCACCUCUUCGCCCGCCUCGCUUGACGACUUCAAGGGUACCGCCCAGCCCAUUGCGCUAAGCACCUUUGAGUUCCACCCUGAGCUUCACCACGGCCUUCCUUCUUUUGAUGAGCUCUCGGAUCUUGAGUCGGAGGAGGACUUCUUGAACGGCAUUGUCAACCUCCAGGAGAAGCCUGCCAACGACCUGAAGCGCCCACGCUCGGCAACAACCUCCACCACCCUCUCUUCCUUCCUCGGUGAGGUGGAGAUCGACUACGAGGACAACGCUACCGCCACCACUCUGGAGAGCUCAGCGGAGGCGUCUCCCCGCCCCGCCAAGAAGGUCAAGUCCCAGAAGGACAGCAACGAACCUAUCAUGAACGUUGCUGCCGAGUCCAACGAUGCCGACAGCGUCCAGCAGGAGCAGCAGUCGGCACAGGAGCAGCAGACCUCCAAUGCCCAAUCCACUGAGAGCAUCUCAACCUCCUCCUCAGACAACGCCGGAACGCCCUCCCUCCCGGCCCCUGCCAACCGUCGUGGUCGCAAGCAGUCUCUUACUGAGGAUCCCACAAAGACUUUUGUUUGCGAGCUGUGCACGCGUCGCUUCCGUCGCCAGGAGCACCUGAAGAGACACUACCGCUCGCUCCACACCCAUGAUAAGCCCUUUGAGUGCAACGACUGCGGCAAGAAGUUCUCUCGCAGCGACAACCUGGCACAGCACGCACGCACCCACGGCGCUGGUGCCAUUGUCAUGAACCUCAUUGACAGCUCCGAAUCGGGAUACGACAUGAUGGCAGCAACGCAGCAGUCGCAUCCCCAAAACGAGCACGACUACCAAAGCUUUGGCAAGGUGCUCUUCCAAGUGGCAAGCGAGGUGCCCGGCAGCAGCGGUAGCGAAUAUUCCUCUGACGAGUCCGGCGACAUCAGUGGCAAGAAGCGCAAGCGGUCUUAG